AUGGGGAAGAGCCGUGAAUGUACGGCAGCAGUGUGUCGGAAUGGAGUCACACUGGGGAGCGUGGUAGACGCAUUUCUACCGGACGCUCUUGCCAAACCUCCGUUCCGAAAAGUGGAGGAGUUGGCAAAAGCGACAACUUUGUGGGAUUCCGACGAAAAAGUGGAGAAAAAAGAAACACUUUCGCGGAAGGACCCGUACAACAUACCCGUUGUAGCAGAGAAGGAUGGCGGAAAGCCAUUGCGGCUUUGGCAAAGAGCUGUCCUCAUCGGCAGCAGGCAAUGA